AAUGGAUUUAUGAUGAAGGAUUUAAUUCGAUUAAUAAUCUAUCGUUUUGACACUAUUGAGUUCACAUGGGAUACGAAAAUGUAGAGUAUUUGUGACCAUAUGGCACGUGUCGCUUAACUUAUGAAUAUUUAUGAGCAAGGACCGCCUGACUUCCGGUAUUGGAUGAAAAACAUGUCAAAAUCAUCACAUAUUUUCUGAUCGUAUUGUUUUGUUUCUGAAUUUUAUUAAUUAGUGGCCAUAUUGUGAUUUUCUAUGUCUGCAGGUAUCAUGGCGGGAAAUGGCUUCCAAACAUCCUAUGCGAACGACAAGCCCCCUUCCUCGACUGGAAGUGGAGAGGCAGCAGAAAUGUCAACAGACCCUGCCAGCAGUAGCUUCUUUACAAGUGAUUUUAAAAGGCACGAGGAUUUGAAAGCAAUGCUUGAUAGUAACAAAGAUACUCAGAAGUUGGAGGCAAUGAAGAGAAUUAUUGGGAUGGUGGCUAAAGGAAAAGAUGCAUCAGAUUUAUUCCCUGCAGUUGUAAAAAAUGUGGUCUCUAAAAACCUUGAGAUAAAGAAAUUGGUGUAUGUAUAUUUAACAAGAUAUGCUGAAGAACAACAAGAUUUAGCCUUACUAUCUAUUAGUACAUUUCAACGAGCCCUGAGGGAUCCUAAUCAAUUGAUACGAGCCAGUGCUUUACGAGUUUUGUCGAGUAUUCGUGUAUCUGUUAUUACACCAAUAAUGAUGUUAGCUAUAAAGGAGGCAGUGAUGGACAUGUCCCCUUACGUGAGGAAAACGGCAGCACAUGCCAUACCCAAACUAUACAGUUUGGAUCCCGAAGUUAAAGAUCAAUUAAUUGAAGUUAUAGAAAGAUUACUGGGCGAUAAAACAACACUUGUAGCGGGAAGUGCCAUUCAAGCGUUUGAAGAAGUUUGUCCGGAGAGAAUUGAUCUGAUUCACAAGAAUUAUCGUAAACUAUGUAAUUUGUUAGUAGAUGUAGAAGAAUGGGGACAAGUUGUAAUAAUAAAUAUGUUAACCAGAUAUUCCAGAACACAAUUUAUUAGUCCUAAUCAAGCCGAUGGACCAGGAGAUGCCGACCGUCCAUUUUAUGAAGAUUCUGAUAAAGAGGAAGAGGAAGAAGAAGUGUCAGAAAUGAAGAAGACACCAUAUAUGAUGGAUCACGAUCACCGAUUACUUUUACGUCAAGCUAAACCUCUUUUAAACAGUCGUAACGCUGCCGUUGUGAUGGCCGUCGGACAAUUAUAUCAUCACUGUGCUCCUAAAUCAGAAGGAAAUGUCAUGGCAAAAGCUUUGAUUAGAUUGUUACGUAGUCAAAAAGAAAUUCAGUAUGUAGUGUUAAGUAACGUGGCGACUAUGACAAGUAGAAGAAAAGGAAUGUUUGAACCACAUUUAAAAAGUUUUUACAUCCGUUCUAGUGAUCCACUACACAUCAAAUUAUUAAAGCUGGAGAUAUUAACAAACUUGGCUACCGAGAGCAAUAUUUCUACCAUACUGAGAGAAUUUCAGACAUACGUAACUAGUCCAGAUAAAGAUUUUGCUGCAGCUACUAUACAAGCUAUUGGUAGAUGUGCCAGUAAUAUAGCAGAAGUAACAGAUACCUGUUUAAAUGGUUUAGUUCAUCUAAUGUCGAACAGAGAUGAAAGUGUUGUUGCUGAAAGUGUGGUAGUUAUAAAGAAACUUCUACAGAUGAGGAAAUCUGGACACAAACACACGCCCUCGGAACACAAAGAUAUAAUAGUUCAUAUGGCCAAGAUGGUUGACAAGAUAACUGUACCAAUGGCCAGAGCUUCAAUCUUAUGGUUAAUUGGUGAAUACAGUGAACGAGUUCCAAAAAUUGCUCCUGAUGUUCUUAGGAAAAUGGCUAAAGGAUUCAUCAAUGAGGAGGACAUAGUUAAACUACAGAUAUUAAACCUGGCUGCUAAACUGUGUAUAACCAAUGCUAAACAAUGUAAAUUACUAUGUCAAUAUGUCUUUAACUUAGCCAAGUACGACCAGAAUUACGAUAUCCGCGAUAGAUCCAGAUUUUUAAGACAGUUGAUCUUACCAGGAGAAAAUGGAAGUGCUCUAGCUAAAUAUGCUAAAAAGAUAUUCCUUGCUACAAAGCCAGCCCCUGUACUCGAGUCAAAAUUUAAAGAUCGUGAUCAUUAUCAAUUGGGAACGUUAUCACAUCUAUUGAAUAUUAAAUGUCAUGGUUACCAGGAAUUACCAGAAUGGCCAGAAGUGGCACCAGAUACAUCUGUUAGAAAUGUAGAAGUUGUGAUGCCAUAUGUUCCUAAAGCUCAUCAUGUUCAACACAAGAAAAAGAAGGAAAGCAAGUCGUUUUAUUCGGAAUCUGAGUCAAGUCAGGAAGAAGAAACGGAAGACAGUAGUGAUGAGGAGGAGGAUGAAAGUAGUGAUGAAGAUUCUGGUAGUGAAGAAAAUAGCGAUGAUUCGGAAAAAGAUAUAUCUAAAAAAGUAUCAAGUGAAGAAGAAUCUGAUUCCGAUGAUGAUGAGUCAGAUAGUGAAGAUUCCUCAGAAGAAGAUUCUAGUGAUGAUAGCGUAGAAAAAAUUGUUACACCUGUUAAAAAGCAACCUAAAACAAAGACGAAAGCAGCAACAACAACAAAACCAACAACAAGUUCUGCUGAUCUAUUAUUAGAUUUAGAUGAUUUGGGUCCAUCUAGUGGCAGUAGUGUGGCUGUGACUCCAGCAGGUGGUAAUAUGUUAACACCGACUCUCGCUACUGGUAUCAGUAAUAUAUCUAUACAAGAUACACCUCCUGCUCAGAUCAUUCCACCUUCUAUUGUACAAGCCAAGUCGUAUGAAUUGUUGAAUCGUAUGACAGGAAAUGGUUUAAGUAUAACGUAUCAAUUUACUCGAACAGUUUCUGUUUUUUCUCCUAAAAUGGUGUCAAUAGAAUUAAAACUUACCAACAAUAGUGAUGACACGUUGACUAGUAUUAAAAUAGGCGACAAGAAAUUACAGUCUGGUAUGGAAAUACAAGAAUUUCCAGAAAUCGGUUCCAUGACAGCAGGAAUGUCAACAACUUGUCUGAUUGGUAUUAAUUUUAACGAUACGAUUCAACCAGCCAAGUUUGCUAUCUGUGUUGGUGAUAAUAAAUAUUCUGUUAGUAUAACGGCUCCUGUUGGGGAAUUAAUUCAACCAUAUUCCAUGUCUAAUGCAGAAUUUAACACUCAGCAAGGGAAAUUAUCUGGAAUGAAUGAAAAUUCUGGUAAAACGGUGAUUGGCGUAGAAAAAGAUGCAAAGUCUAUUUGUUUAUGUGUUCAUUCCGUAGCUAAUGUUAUACAAGUUCCUGGUAGUGCUGAAAAUGUCUACAGAUUUUCAGGAAAGACUGUGGGUACCGGAACCAUGGUUUUAAUGUCUGUGGUCGUUGCCGACGAUAAUGCUAAAAUAACGGUUAAUUGUGAAAAAAUGGUUAUUGGAUCCAUGUUGUUAAAGGAUUUAAAGACAUCAAUUGCCAAAAGUUAAAAUAUAUAAUGUUUGAGUUUGAUUAACCAAUCAACAGGUACUUACAGCAAUUAUAAUAAACAAUUAAUUACACACAAUAAAUUAUUAAAUAUUU